CAGAGACAAAGAGAAAGAGAAAGAGAAAAGAGAGUAAUGGCAUUGGCAACAAUGGGAGAGAGUCCACGGAGCCCAGAAGCGAAGCUGGGGAUGCGAGUGGAGGAUCUGUGGGAUGUUCAGGAGCCACAGCUAAGUCCUACUGAGAAGCUCAACGCUUGUUUUGAAAGCAUCCCUGUCUCUGCGUUUCCUUUGAUUUCUUCAAACCAAGAAAUUGAGAUCAAAUCAGACGCCACCCUUGCUGAAGCUGUUAAAAUACUGGCACAUCACAACGUUCUCAGCGCACCUGUGGUUGAUGUUGAUGCACCUGAAGAUGCUAGUUGGAUUGACAGAUACAUUGGAAUAAUUGAGUUUGCUGGAAUUGUUGUAUGGAUUUUGCAUCAGUCUGAACCCGCAUCUCCUAGAAGUCCAUCAACUCCAUCAAGUGCAAGUGCUAUUGCAGCUAAAGCUAACGGAAUGACUUUUGCUCUUGAACUUGAAGCCUUAGGCCUUGGAUCAGCUGCAACAACUUCAGGAAACUUUUUUGAGGAUCUGACUUCUUCUGAACUUUAUAAGAAUACCAAGGUUGGUGAUAUUUCAGGGACAUUCCGCUGGGCUCCAUUUCUUGCUUUAGAGAGAUCAAACUCAUUUCUAACCAUGCUCUUGCUGCUUUCCAAGUACAAGAUGAAGAGUGUUCCUGUGGUAGAUUUAGGUGCCGGUAGAAUUGAUAACAUUAUUACACAAUCUGCUGUGAUUCAUAUGUUGGCAGAAUGCGCCGGGCUUCAAUGGUUUGAAAGUUGGGGAACCAAGAAUUUAACUGAAGUUGGUCUUCCCCUGGUGACAGCAAAACAUAUCAUCAAGGUUUAUGAGGAUGAACCAGUCCUUCAAGCAUUUAAAUUAAUGAGGAAAAAGAGGAUUGGAGGGGUGCCUGUAAUUGAAAGAGGUGGCAGUAGGGCAGUUGGUAGUAUAAGCUUGCGAGAUGUUCAAUUCUUGUUAACUGCCCCAGAAAUCUAUCAUGAUUAUAGGUCUAUUACAGUAAAGGACUUCCUGACUGCCGUUAGAAGCUACUUAAAGAAGAAUAAUAAAGCGUUGCCAAUGGCAAGUGAAUUUAUUACUUGCAAAAAGGACUGUACAACCAAAGAAUUGAUUCAAUUGCUUGACCACGAGAAGAGUCAUAGGGUCUAUGUUGUGGAUGAUGAUGAGAAUCUGCAAGGACUAAUCACACUAAGAGAUAUCAUCUCAAGGCUAGUACAUGAACCCCAUGGCUAUUUUGGUGAUUUCUUUGAUGGUGUUCUCCCGCUACCUCCAAACAGCAGGGUUUAACAGGCAAGACAUGAGGAAGAAUAACCUGCUGUUACAGCAGGCUUUUUUUUUUUUUUUUGGUUAAAAAAAAUUACAAUAGUUUUCUA